UGCAAAUAUACUACCUGGAAAAGGAAUAAUAAAAUAUAAACGGUCACCGGCUGAACCUUAACCGUAGAACACAACCCCAGACGCAACUGCGCCAACAAACAACUCUCUCAAAGACACGCACGUCGAGUAUAUACAGCCAGUAACCCUCUGAAACACACAAACGAAGUUCGAAGAUGUCUGGAGGCAAAUCGGGAAAAGACACCGGCAAAAUCAAGGCCAAGGCGGUGUCACGUUCGGCACGUGCAGGCCUUCAGUUCCCGGUCGGCAGAAUUCACCGCCACUUGAAGCACCGUACCACCUCGUACGGGCGCGUCGGCUCAACCGCCGCCAUCUACGCCGCCGCCAUCAUGGAGUAUCUGACCGCAGAAGUGUUGGAAUUGGCCGGCAACGCCAGUAAGGAUCUGAAAGUGAAGAGGAUCACGCCGCGCCAUUUGCAGCUGGCCAUCAGAGGGGACGAGGAGUUGGACAGCCUGAUUCGCGCCACUAUUGCCGGCGGUGGUGUCAUCCCCCAUAUUCACAAGUCCCUCAUUGGGAAGAAAGUGGAGAACGGUCACUAAUGUUAUUAAUUAUUAUCAUGUGUAUUUGCUGAAUUUGAUCACUAAUGUUACUUAUUAUUAAUUAUUAUCAUGUGUAUUUCUGAAUUUGUUCACUAAUGUUACUUAUUAUUAAU